AAAGAAGAGACAAGAAAUCUACAACCUGCACUCAGUGUGGAAAGAGUUUCUCAACCAAAAGAAAUCUUGAUGUUCACAUGAGAGUUCAUACAGGAGAGAAGCCUUUCACAUGUGAUCAAUGUUGGAAGAGCUUCACACAAAGAGGAAAUCUUAAGAGUCAUAUGAAAGUUCACACUGGAGAGAAGCCACACACAUGUGAUAAAUGUGACAAAACAUUUCUAGGGUCAUCAGCCCUGAAGAGACACCUGAGAGUUCAUACAAAGGAGAAGCCACAUUCAUGUUCUGUGUGUGGAAAGAGUUUUUCACUGCUGUAUUAUUUACAUGAACAUGAGAAAACACACACUGGUGUGAGAGAGUACGUGUGCUUUGAGUGUGAGAAGACUUUUAUUUCAGCAAACCAUUUAAAAGUGCACCAGAGAAUUCACACCUUAGAAAAACCUUACAGGUGUUCACACUGUGAUAAUAGAUUCAGUGUGUCAUCAAAUCUGAAAAAACAUGAGAGGAUCCACACUGGAGAAAAACCUUACAAGUGUUCACACUGUGACAAGAGAUUCAGUCAGUUAGCACAUCUGAAAACACAUGAGAUGAUCCACACUGGAGAAAAACCUUACAAGUGUUCACACUGUGACAAGAGAUUCAGUCAGUUAGCACAUCUGAAAACACAUGAGAGGAUCCACACUGGAGAAAAACCUUACAAGUGUUCACAGUGUAACAAGAGAUUCAGUCAGUCAUCAUAUCUGAAAACACAUGAGAGGAUCCACACUGGAGAAAAACCUUACAAGUGUUCACAGUGUAACAAGAGAUUCAGUCAGUCAUCAUAUCUGAAAACACAUGAGAAGAUCCACACUGGAGAAAAACCUUACAAGUGUUCACACUGUGACAUGAGAUUCAGUUAUUCAUCAUAUCUGAAAACACAUGAGAUGAUCCACACUGGAGAAAAACCUUACAAGUGUUCAGUGUGACAUGAGAUUCAGUUAUUCAUCAUAUCUGAAAACACAUGAGAAGAUCCACACUGGAGAAAAACCUUACAAGUGUUCACACUGUGACAUGAGAUUCAGUUAUUCAUCAUAUCUGAAAACACAUGAGAUGAUCCACACUGGAGAAAAACCUUACAAGUGUUCAGUGUGACAUGAGAUUCAGUUAUUCAUCAUAUCUGAAAACACAUGAGAAGAUCCACACUGGAGAAAAACCUUACAAGUGUUCACACUGUGACAUGAGAUUCAGUUAUUCAUCAUCUCUGAAAACACAUGAGAAGAUCCACACUGGAGAAAAACCUUACAAGUGUUCAGUGUGACAUGAGAUUCAGUUAUUCAUCAUCUCUGAAAACACAAGAUGAUUCACAGCAGUGAGAAGCUACACAUGUGUGAUCAGUGUGGAAAGAGUUUCUCUAUUAAAAGUAACCUGAAGAUACACAUGAAGAUCCAUGCAGUGGAGAAACCACAUCACCGCAGUCUGAAAUCACGAUAAGUAGUUCAUCUUUAUGUGCUGAGAAACAAAGUCUCUUCUGUGAAAGUUAGCCAAAUCUCUCCUCUCCAGCUAUAGUUGGCGCUGUUGCCCUGUCUGCUGUUGAAUUAUCCAGGUUGUGGAUGAGAAGCGACCCUUCUCCCGUAAUACAUAUUAAAGUGCUAUAUAAAUGCCUCAUUCAUUAAUUCAUUCAUUUAUUAGUUAACCAUUUCUUAAUUUGCGUUCUUGUCUGUUUAUAUGAAAAAUCAUCAGUUGCUGCCCGAGUUCUGUUCCAAUUCAAAGUUCACAUCUAGCCAAGUACAGUUCAAAUCCCCGGAUGUGUUCUUGAUCCGCCCCUUUUAUCAAGGACACCUCAAGAGGGGACUUUUGCGGACUUGACAUGGCCAGGUAUCCCAGAACGCACUAACCAGCAAGCGUCAAUAGCAGAUUAGAAAACCUGCAUAUUUUAAACAUAUUAUUAUGUCAUGUCAUGAUAUAUAGUUUUAAGGCAAGAAUGUACUGGUUUAAAGAUCAAAUCUGCUGUUUAUUGAUAAAGAUAGUGCCUAUUUUAAAAAAAUUUUCUGAUGUUUUGGAGUUCACUCAGUGCUCAUGUACCCCGCAGAGAACAGCCUUACCUUGGCUAGUCCUUCUGGCGUUUGCCACUGACUCUGUAGUGGUUAAACAUGAGAUAUAAUUCAUCUUUUGCAUAUUUAACAGGUGAUCUUUGGUCUCAUGAGUCUAUAUUUUGUUACCUGACAAAUCAUUUUGGCUGAGGGCUUUAUAUAUUUAGGCCAUUUAGCUUUACCUUUGUAUCCUACUAGAGUGCUGACUUUGUGUUUGAUUAUGUUUGUUUACUUUAUUUCUUUUUGUAGCUUCUUAUACAUUUUGCUUAUACUUUUAUUACUGCUACUAUUGAUCAUUAAAACUAACAUUUAACAAAAAGAUAUAGGGUUGUGUUUUAUGUUUGCCACAUGUUUAAUAUUUUUAAAAUUUAAACAAAGAGAGGAAGAGCUGUGUCUUAGUUUGUUUGGUUAUAAACAUACAUUCCGUGAAGAUAAUCAAUGAACAUGUUGCUUGAGCCACAUGCAUGGCUAUUCAUAUGUUUAUGAUUUUUUAAAUGAAAACAAAAAAGAGUGGUGUUUUAUAACAUAUUUAAUUUUAUAGUUUCCUAAAAUAUACAUACAGAGAUAACUGGAGUAACCAGAGCGAGCUGUGUGACGUUAUCAAGUACGCUGCUGUAUCACAUGCAGAAUCACCGGACUUGUGUCCUCCCGUCCUCAGAAGUCUGUUUUCCGGAGUCUGAACUACCAAGAACCCAAGUCCGAAGUUGGCAUACUUGGUAUUUAGAAACGCCUCAAGUGUGCCGCACAAGUCCUGAAAGCGUCUUGAUCGCCUCCAGCUGGUUGAUCCCAGUAUAGUUCAUAAACCCUGUCCUGUCCAUUUUACGUCACUUUGGCACCUCCUAGUGCCGUAAUGAGGUAAUCUAUACAACCGUUAUUUGAAGUGGCAAGUUUUAAAAUGUAAUUUGAUCUGAUUGAAUCGAGAUCACUAUCUAUAGACACAUUGAUGUGGAUAUGUCCACAUUAAAGCAUUUCAGUGGUGGGAUUAAACAGAUCGGCCUUUACAGCAGAUUUAGUUCAAAAACAACAGACAGAUGUGACCUAAAUAUGUUUUUCAGUUACAAUAAGUAAUACAUUCAGAGGAUCCUCCAGUUCUUGGCUAAUUAUUUUAAUUAAAAUAUUUAAUUAAAAUUAAUUAAUAAAAAUACUUGUGUAAAGUACAGAUACUUGAAAAUUGUAUUUAAGUAAAAUAACGAAGUAAAAAUACUUUGUUACUGUCCAC